AUGUCUAUGAAAAGGCAUUUGGAUUACACCAACGUCCCGAAGAUAAACGAAGCUGACAUCGAAGUACAAUAUGUGAGAGGAAGCGGCCCGGGGGGUCAGGCUACUAAUAAAACAAACAACGCGGUGCUAAUGAAGCACAUACCGACUGGACUAGUAGUCAAGUCUCACCAGUCUAGAAGCGUUUGGGAGAACAAGAAAAACGCUUUGGCACGGUUAACCAUGAAGUUGGAUACCUUGAUAAACGGGGAAAACUCGAUAGAGGAACAGAGAAAGGCCAUACAAGCCAAGAAAUCCACCGAGCAAGCUAGAAGGAAAAGGAAGCGCGACGAAUUAAAAGCAGCUUUCAAAGAACGCGAAGGUCUGGACUAG